AUGUCCAACAAUCCCGGAAUGUUCGAGGAUGCGAAAGCGGGGGAGCUCUGCGACCUGGUGCUAGAGUGUGAUGGGGUGAGGCUUAGCGUCCACAAAGUCGUGGUCUGGAAUUGGUCCGAGGUGAUCAAGACUGCCUGUAAGAGCAAUUUCAAGAAGGAAGGUCGCACCAACGUCGUCCAGAUCCCGGAUUUCUCUCUGGCUACCGUGAAGCGGAUGGUGGAGUACAUGUACCUCGAAAAGUAUACGUUGGGUAACGAGCUUAAAUGGAUUUCAGAACUCGCGGGCUUAAGAGUUGAUACGAGCUCGGAUUUGGCCGCCGCUCCCGCAUCGGACACUUCCCUGGAUUUCAUCUCUCUUACGGAGUCGGCUAAUGAGACUACCGAUUCCACGCCACCCACCACUGCGGAGAUACUGCGUCCUCAUCUCGAGAUGAGUAUGAUCGCCGGCUACUACCUAGUCCCGGGCCUGGAGACCUUUGCGCUGGAGGAAAUCACCAAGGCACUGAAACAAACCUGGUCGCCUGCUGGAAUCGAUGAUUUGAUUUCAGAAGUCUACCCUUCGCUUCCGCACGAGGCGACUCGGAGGCACCUAUCUGAACUGGUUGUUGAACACCUCAACGAUGUUCCGAUCAACGAGACUCUUUUCCCGGAUCCAUUCUCCCUCCAGGUCAUUUCAGCGCUCAGGCGUGAACUAACAACAGCUAAAGAAAGUAUCAAAGCGCUUACAGAAAAGUCACUUCUUUCGGACACUAAUAUGGACUGGGCGCGGCGACAAUAUCUGCAACUGAAGGCUAAUCUGGACAAUCUCCAGGAUAUUAGGCACUGUCGCCACUGUGGAAAAGGAUUUAACUGUCAAGUUGAGCAUGCGCGUUUGGACGAAGUGGCAUGCAUGAUCCGAUGUAGGGAGUGCAGGACUCGACAUUAUGGACCUCCAUUGUGAUGGUUGGCCGGUACACCUGCAUGGAUGCUUACAGUAAGUUUCAGGAUGAAUCUGGCUUCAGGGUGUGCCUUGGCACAGACCCAAUCAUGAUCUGUCGCUAUUGAUUUCUGU